CGCCCUACUUUUCUGCCUGGCUUUCCUGUCAUCUGGUACUCUGCGUCCAGCAGCACUCUGCGUAUCACCUUGUCAACGUGUGUGAGGGGUGGGGGGAGGCGGGUCGGGAGAGAGCCCGGGGUGCUUAGUUGAAAGCUGAGAUGAUGCGUGAUCUCAGUGAAGACAAAGCGCUAGACAAAGCGCCCUGAGGUAGCUGUGGCUGCUCCGUCAGCGCACCCCAACCGGAAGUCAGGAGGCGCGGCCGGCCGGUUAACAUGGCGGCGGGCUCCGCGUCCUCCCUCGGUGGCGGUUCGUGGCCUGGCUCUGAGGCUGGGGACUUCUUGGUCCGCUAUCGGCAGGUGUCCAACAAGCUCAAGAAGCGCUUCCUGCGGAAGCCGAAUGUGGCCGAGGCCGGGGAGCAGUUCGCGCAGCUAGCCCGGGAACUGCGCGCCCAGGAGUGCCUGCCCUAUGCCGCUUGGUGCCAGCUGGCUGUGGCGCGCUGCCAGCAGGCGCUCUUCCACGGGCCGGGGGAGACGCUGGCCCUCACGGAGGCUGCUCGACUCUUCCUGCGGCAGGAGUGUGAUGCGCGCCAGCGCCUAGGCUGUCCGGCCGCCUAUGGCGAGCCUCUGCAGGCGGCUGCCAGCGCCCUGGGCGCCGCUGUGCGCCUUCACCUCGAACUGGGCCAGCCUGCCGCCGCCGCCGCUCUGUGCCUUGAGCUGGCCGCUGCCCUUCGCGCCCUGGGCCAGCCGGCCGCUGCUGCAGGUCACUUUCAGCGCGCUGCUCAGCUGCACCUGCCCCUGAUGCCACUGGCCGCCCUGCAGGCGCUAGGCGACGCCGCCUCCUGCCAGCUACUGGCGCGUGACUACACCGGCGCCCUGGCGCUCUUUACACGCAUGCAACGUCUGGCACGGGAGCAUGGCAGCCACCCGGUGCAGCACCCCGAGCUGCCGCCCCCCCCCCCCCCCCCGCCGGGACCCCAGCCAAGACCUGGCUCGGCCCCGACCUUGCCCCUCCCGCUGCUGCUCCCGGACCAGGCCCCUGGCUCUGCUGCGCCCUCUCCCGGUACACUGGGUGCCUUUGCAGACAUCCUUGUCAGGUGUGAGGUGUCCAGAGUGCUGCUCCUGCUGCUCCUGCAACCACCGCCCGCCAAGCUGCUGCCCGAGCAUGCCCAGACCCUGGAGAAAUACUCCUGGGAGGCUUUUGACGGCCACGGCCAAGAUAGCAGCGGCCAGCUUCCUGAGGAGCUGUUUUUGCUAUUGCAGUCCCUGGUCAUGGCUGCCCAGGAAAAGGACACAGGAGGCAUCAAGAAGCUGCAGGUGGAGAUGUGGCCUCUGCUGACUGCUGAGCAGAACCACCUCCUGCACCUCGUUCUGCAGGAAACAGUCUCCCCCUCGGGCCAGGGCGUCUGAUAAGUCACCUGAACCAAACAGCCUUUCCUCCUGGUACCAACUUGUUUUAUUUCGGGGGACAGGUGAUGGAAGAUGUGAUCUUGUUUCUGUUUUUCUUUUUCUUUUUUUCUCGUUUCUGUUGCCAAUAUGGUAGUUUAGCUGUGCGUGCCUAGCUUGUUACAUAAAUUAGUGCCCUUCAGGUCCAUCCAUACUGCCUCAAACGAGGUAACUUCAUCCUUAAGGCUGAACGAGACUCCACUGUGUAACAAUCUGCUUGCUUUGUGCGCUGGUCAGUUGCUGGAUACUGUGUUGAUUUGUUUUGCUGGCUGUUCUACGUAUAGAAAAAAUAAACACGGGAGGACAGAUGUUCCUUUGGCA